GCGAGAGUUCUUCACAGGCUCUGAAUGCAAGUCUCUUGUCCGAUGUGUAAUUUGCGAGUCUCUUCUCCCAUGUGAUGCGUUGUCUUUACUCUCGUGAUGGUAGGUGCCCCGGCAGGGGGUGCUCGUGUUGGGCACGGUCAGGGCUCAGGUGCCCGCCCAUCAGCUCCCUGGUGGCGGUGGGCACACUGCUUUUGUCGCGAGCGCAGGACUUCUCUGCCCAAGGAGGUGGGUGUGUUCUGCUGGGUGCGACUCCCCCUCCUGACUUGAUGGUCCCGCUGGUGACCGUCAGCUUCACCCGAAACGAAGGCCCAGCCCGUCGCUUGUGUGAUCUGUUUCCGCCAAAGCCCAUGGGGCCUGCCAGGCCCUGGUCCUUCGUUGCUUCUCUGUCACGUGCCUGGCAAACGCUCCGGCGUCCCCCGCCCCCGCAUUGCUGGGGUGCUGUCCAUAUGGGCCGUGCUCCCGUUAAAUGUGAAUCUCGCCUCCACCGACUUAAUCUGGGACAAGCUUAGCGCACUCGCACUUCUCUGGGACCCACAGUGGCAGCUUCCUCUGGGUCCCUGUCGCCUCCGCAGAGCGAUCGCUGCGGGAUUUAGCGCACUGAGCCGCUCUCAGGUGGAGGGAGCACGCGGUAGGGAAGGAGGGACACACCCCAGGGUGGGGCCGUGCGGUUGGCGGGCGGGCGUGUUCCUGGGAACCCGCUGGGAGCAUGCUUUUUGCACAUUUAAAUAAAGAGACAGAGGCUGUCCGCUCCUCUCCUGUGCCAUUCCGGCUUGUCACCCAUUUCCACGUACCAGGUUCUUCCGACAGCAUGCCAGCGCCUCGGGCAUUGCUGGGAAGGUUCUAGGUAGUGUGGCCAGGCCCUCGUGCCGGGCGCAGGGUCCACCACGCGCCUGGUGUGACUCACUCAAACUCGGCGGGCCUGGCUCGCACCGUGCCCGCUCCGGCAUCCCCUCUGUUUUCCGUGUGUCUCGUCGCCGUUUCUGCGGUUGGUGAGCCUGUUAAUCAUUGGGCGGUGGUAAUGAUUAAUCAGGUUCCGCGAAUUCCUGGUGCCCGGCGAGGGCACAGGGGCCGUUUGGCAUUUUUUUGUGGAUGUUGAAAUGUUACUUUAAACCCUAGGCCAGCACAUUAAGCUACAAGGCUUCUAAGUCUUAAGCCUAACGUCUAAGACGCACCGGAGAAGCGUCAGGACUGGGACAAGGCCGUGGUGAGAGCAGCGGGAAAGGGCUUCGGUGCGAGCCGUCCUGCCUGCCGCGCACACGUUCUCCCGCACAGACGCCCGCCUCGGCCCCCAUCCGCCGGCGAGGUCUCCCGGGCCAGCGUGGCAAAGCAGAGGCCAUCGGUUUCUACGAGACGGCACUGCCGAGCUGCGAGCUCCUCGCAGCGGGUCGGCGCCGCCGGGCAGGAUGGUGGACACCGAGAGCCCGAUCUGCUCCCUCUUCCCCCUCGAGGCCGACGACCUGGAGAACCCGCUCUCGGAAGAGUUCCUGCAGGAAAUGGGCAGCAUCCAGGACAUGUCCCAGUCCCUCGGGGAGGACAGCUCCGGAAGCUUCAGCUUCACCGACUACCAGUACUUAGGCAGCGGCCCCGGGUCCGAGGGCUCCGUCAUCACGGACACGCUUUCCCCGGCUUCGAGCCCCUCGUCGGUGUCUUACCCUGUGGUCCCCGGCAGCGCCGACGAGGCCUCCAGCACAGCACUCAACAUCGAAUGCAGAAUCUGUGGGGACAAAGCCUCAGGCUACCAUUACGGGGUUCACGCGUGUGAAGGCUGCAAGGGGUUCUUCCGGCGAACCAUCCGCCUGAAGCUGGUGUACGACAAGUGUGACCGGAGCUGCAAGAUCCAGAAGAAGAACCGGAACAAGUGCCAGUACUGCCGCUUCCACAAGUGCCUUUCGGUCGGGAUGUCCCAUAACGCAAUCCGUUUUGGACGAAUGCCAAGAUCCGAAAAAGCGAAACUGAAAGCAGAAAUCCUUACGUGUGACCACGACGUGGACGAUUCAGAAACUGCGGACCUCAAGUCCCUGGCCAAGCGCAUCUACGAGGCCUACCUGCGGAACUUCAACAUGAACAAGGCCAAGGCCCGUGGCAUCCUCGCCGGCAAGGCCAGCAACAACCCGCCCUUCGUCAUCCACGACAUGGAGACGCUGUGCAUGGCCGAGAAGACGCUGGUGGCCAAGCUGGUGGCCAACGGCAUCCAGAACAAGGAGGCGGAGGUGCGCAUCUUCCACUGCUGCCAGUGCACGUCCGUGGAGACCGUCACGGAGCUCACGGAGUUCGCCAAGGCCAUCCCCGGCUUCGCGGGCCUGGACCUCAACGACCAGGUCACGCUGCUCAAGUACGGCGUGUACGAGGCCAUCUUCGCCAUGCUGGCGUCCGUCAUGAACAAGGACGGCAUGCUGGUGGCCUGCGGCAGCGGCUUCAUCACCCGCGAGUUCCUCAAGGGCCUGCGCAAGCCCUUCUGCGACAUCAUGGAGCCCAAGUUCGACUUCGCCAUGAAGUUCAACGCCCUGGAGCUGGACGACAGCGACAUCGCCCUGUUCGUGGCGGCCAUCAUUUGCUGCGGAGAUCGCCCGGGCCUCCUGCACGUGGGACAGAUCGAGAAGAUGCAGGAGGGCAUCGUGCACGUGCUCCGGCUGCACCUGCAGGGCAACCACCCCGACGCCGCCUUCCUCUUCCCCAAGCUCCUGCAGAAGAUGGCGGACCUGCGGCAGCUGGUCACGGAGCACGCGCAGCUGGUGCAGGUCAUCAAGAGGACCGAGGCGGACGCCGCGCUGCACCCGCUGCUGCAGGAGAUCUACCGCGACAUGUACUGAGGCCCCGGGCCAGGAGGAGCCGCUCCGCAGCUGCGGAGAGGGGAGCGAGGCCCGCCGCCGCGCCCUGGGCCGGGCCCGUCCCCACCGCCCGCCUCCCCGCCUCGCCCGCCGUAGCUGGGAGUGGGCGGCGGGAGAAGCCUGCCAGCAUCAGUCCAUCAGAUGUCCUGACAGCGCCCUCGCGACGCCCACUGAACACCCCGACCUCACAGCAGCCGGCUGCCUGCCGGUCCCGCGCGGACUGCUGGCUCCUUUGUAACUGGGAAAGCUAAUCGCACUUUUUAACGUUCGUAAUCCUGUGUUUCUAGAGGUAACCAAAGGGUAGGGGCUUUACAAGCAGCAAGUAUUUAUUCGAAGGCUUCGAUUCUGGUUCCUGAAUUCGAAGAGACAUGCUCUUUUUUAACCGUAGGGUUUAGCGUUCCGGAAGUUACUGAUAAGCUAUCGCGGUGCGGGCCCCGUCGUGCUCGGUUCCCUGGGUGACGGGCAGUCGCUGGACCGCGGAGAAGCCCAUGUCCAGGUUUGGGGAGAGGGUCCCGGGAACCGCGUCUGGGCGCCUGGUCUGGACCGCAGGCCUGUGCGAAGCCGGCGUCGUGGGCAGGAUGGUGACGGACUUUAAAGUGCCUCAGGGUCCCAGUCCCCUCGCCUGGGGCCCCUCAAACCGGCACCGCCCCGGCUGCCGGGGCCUGGUCGCGUGUGCGGGGCAGCCUGACAAGCUGCCCGCAGCUGUUCCUCUGGCCCCGCGCCUCCGGCCGCUCCGUGGUCCUCCCUGUGGCUGUUCAAUCUGCAGCUUGUGUGUAACUCUGGGCGGAAGUGCUGCCCCCCGGAGUGGAGAAGACGCGGCACAUGUGACUUGGGGGGGGCGGGUCACAGGAGGACAAAGGGGAGGGGAGGGGCGAGGUCCGUUAAAAGGCUGCACCUAGAACAGGACUCGCCAAGCCUGGCAGCUGUUACGAAGGCUGACAGUAAGCAUCCUCCAAACACCACGUGCCUGUUUCAGUCCUAAAGGUCCACUGCUCGGCCUCGGUCUCCUGAGAGCCACGCUGACCGUGGCCACAGCACUUGGCCUGCAAGCACUCUCCUCCGUCACCUUAGCGGACCCAGUGUCCCCUCAUUCCAGCAGCCUGCUUGCCGUUCGUCACCCUCUGUCCCCAUCCCCACCCCAUCCCUCCAUCCCAACCCCAUCCCAA